GGGAACUCACGUACCGAGCCACAAUCCUCACCUGCGUGCUCCCUCUAGGGUAAACAGCGACCAUACCCGAUCUCCCCUGCCUUGUUCCCCAGAAUCCGUGGCUUGAGAAUCACAUUGAACCCAUAGCAAAGGAUCAAAGAUGACGGAGGCAACGAUAAGGAAUAAGCCCGGCAUGGCCAGCGUCAAGGACAUGCCGGUCCUUCAAGAUGGUCCUCCUCCCGGAGGAUUCGCUCCGGUCCGAUUCGCUCGCCGAAUCCCAAACAAAGGGCCCAGCGCCAUGGCCAUAUUCCUCACCGCGUUCGGUGCUUUCUCUUGGGGAAUGUACCAGGUGGGCCAGGGCAACAAAGUCCGAAGGGCAAUCAAAGAGGAAAAAUAUGCAGCUCGCUGUGCGAUACUGCCUGUUCUUCAAGCUGAAGAGGAUGAAAGAUUUGUUAGGGAGUGGAAAAAAUAUCUGGAGUACGAGGCAGAAGUAAUGAAGGAUGUGCCUGGUUGGAAAGUUGGUGAGAGUGUGUAUAACUCCGGCAGAUGGGUGCCGCCAGCAAGUGGCGAGCUGCGUCCUGAAGUAUGGUGAAAAUGUUUUAACGCAUCACCAUCCAGAGUCGGCCUAUCGGAUGCUGUGAUCCACAUGGUACUUGUGUUCCUGUUUCUAAAUCCAAUAAUGUAUCUGGAACUCUUGUAAUCGCCUUUCAGAAUGCUAUGACAUCAAAUUUUUAUUUCACUAUAUGGGGGCAUGAAGAUUUGAACCUUAAGCGAAGUGUGAACAAUCCGAACCCUCUAGAAGGAAUACUUUGAAUUUGUGUUUA